ACAUGCUGACUUGUUCACAGACCUGCUGGUCCUGUUCCACCGUACCGAAAUCAGCAUCGACAAAGUCACUCCAGUCCAAAUGCUCCAGUAUCCCCUAGAGGUGCCUUCGCCGGCGGUCACACACCCCGUCAUGGAUAUCACACGUCUGAGCCACUAGACUACCACUUCCGAGAACGAUCUGGAUCUCACGAGUCUAUCCCAUCACUUCAUCCUUCCCUAGCAGAUUCAGUGACACAGCUAAUCCCGUCCAACCAUCCCCUUUCUCCGACGGUCCAACGAGCGAAUAUGGGAGCUCUGCUGGUCUUACCUAUUGCACACUCUAAAGACGGUGCAUCGCCAAGCUUCCUCGGGGAGCUUUCGCUAGAUGACAGAGAAGUGCAGCUUCAACGACGUAUCAGAGCGCUGGAGAAACGGCUCGGCGAAACGUUGUUGGAUGAUGGACGCGGUGGUCUCAUGAUCCAGCCACGGCCCGGCGAUCCCAAGAGGAGCUCAUCAAGUCUGCCGCCAGGUGCUGGGUCGAACGAUGUAGAUCGUCGACACAACGGUAGUCCAUUUAAUCAUGGGGCUCUCCCUUUGACACCUCGGCGAUCAAAGCAAUCUGAAGUCACGAAUACAUCUCGGGUCGAGCUCGUGACAGAUCACGAUUGCGCCCAGGAGGACGACAUCAUUGCCAGGAACAGGCGCCGACAACUCGUCAAGCUGCAAAAGCUUCUAGGGGAAAUCGUGACUCCCGCCUACCUCCCUCCCGGUCAAUCCUCCACCGAAACUCCCCCCGAAACGCCAGUGAGGCAGAGCCUAUCCCGACAGACGAUCCGGCGGGUCGACUCGCCCAUGUCCGAUAAGACCUCGUUCAUCGACAUGUCAGCGGACGAUCUGUCUCAUCCUAUAAUCCAGGACGGUACCACACCUCUCAAAGACGGACCAGGUAGUGGCACUCUGCUCAAGGGUCCUUGGGCUACCAGGUUCAAGCAAUCAAUCAGUAUGAGCUCUAGCAAGCCGAAGGGCAAGGCUGUCCAUGGUGACGACGAAUCAUUUGUCAAUUUCGGUCACAAGGCUGGUGUCACUUGGGGCAAGCUCAACCCCCUGAACGUCAACUCACCGGUUCCACAGCGGUCUCGGGCGGAAGAAACUUCCAUUCGACCCAAAAUCAGUGCACCGAUGCUCCAGACUCCGGAACCUUCGUCAUUGAGCCCUUCCAUCGUUGCUGGGACGUUCAAUCAAUACAAGCAGUCCCUUCAAGGUUUACUGUUUCUUGCGGAGAACAACCCAUCUCGCCUCGCGAGAAUGGUAGACUCCCUGGACCAUGACUUGCCAUCUGUUCCAUCCCCGAGAGACCCCUGGGCGCCAAAAAGACCCCCUCGACCGGAUCGCGGUUCUCCAUCUCCCCCUUCGCCAAUCAUCCAUUCGCCAACCCUCCCGCCUCCGGAAUCGUCAGAAGAGGAUGCCGUGCGCAUCAACAGGAAACGCUCCGAGAAGUUGACAAACUUCUUUGGUGAAGGUCUAGACUUCACUGAUCCCAAUAUCUCCCGUCGACGUCUAGCUGCAAGGUACGAUGAUGCACCGGCUGUGGUCACACAUCGGACUGGGGUCGCGAGGAAUCCAUCGGGCAAGAAUCGAUUCGAUUUGCUCGAUGGGAUGCUCGGGGAUAUGUGGCGAGGCGUACAGAAUGAUUACAAGGUAGGGGAGAUGAAGCGGGACGAGGUGGAUCGAUUGGGAGAUAUGAUGAAUGCCUUUCGGCGGAAACGAGAGUCUAUGACAGGUUGGGAGGAGCUGUAGCCUCGAGACGAACCCACGGGAUAUGCUUAUACAGUGAUUACGUUGUCAAACUGUAGAUUCGUUUUAGACCUGUUUGCUUAAAGCCUCCGUACGUCUGUGGAUACCCGCGCAUGCAUGCAUGCAUACAUCACA